AUGGUCGAAUAUGAGGAAGAAGAAAAUCCUUUAGCGGACAUAGAUGAGUACAUUGAGAAUACAAAUGCUAUUAUACCUCCGAGAGUUGGCGCUGCCACUUUCAAGGUGGAACAUGGUUUAAUCUUAAUGCUCAAAGUGGGGGGUUUAGGAAUUCCACUAAUGAUGAUCCGACACAACAUUUCAGGAACUUCUUGGGUGCCCGAGCAGGAGAGUGAGGCUCCCCAGCAUUUGUUGGAUCUUAUCGGAGACUGCAAGGGGACACUCCCAAGUGACACAAUUGCGAACCCAAAGGGUAGUGGGAGUGGUCCAACUUCUCAUUGCAUGGCAAUUACUACUCGGAGUGGGAAGGUACUUCUAGGAGAGAGUGAACAAGUGGUUGAAGUGGAAGAGUUCGAACAAGAGGUUGAGGCACAAGUUGAAGAGCCAAUUGUUGUUGAAGCUAAAAAGGUCCCGGAAGAGUUGAAAGUUCAAGAAGUGAGCCGGGAAGAGGUUAAGGAAAAGAUUCCGAGUUUUUCUAAGUAUUUGAAAGACUUGAUCACCAAGAAGAAAACCACCAAGAAUGAAGUGGUGAAUGUGACUCAUCGGGAUAGUUCCAUUAUUGCAACAACCACCGUUCAAAAGAAAGAAGACCCGGGAGCCUUCACUCCAUGCACUAUUGGGGCGCGUGAUUUUGCAAGAGCUCUUUAUGAUAAUGCGGCUAGCAUCAACUUAAUGCCUCUUGCUAUUUACAAGAAAGCGGGGUUAGGUAUGACGAGGCCUCCAAGUAUGAGGUUGCAAAUGGCUGAACGUUCCAUAAAGACACCGGCGGAAAUUGUUGAUGAUGUGCUUGUGAAAGUGGGGGAGUUCCAUUUGCCCGCCGAUUUUGUAAUUUUUGAUUGUGCAGUUGACAAAGAGAUCCCUAUCUUAUUGAGGAUACCAUUUCUUGCUACAGGAAGAGCACUUAUGAAUUCAGAACGGAAUGAGAUCAAGUUCCGUGUAAAUGAUGAAAAGGACACAUUCCAAGCAAGCAAGGGUAUGAAGCUGCCACAUAAAUAUGAAAGCAUCUCCGUGAUUGAUGUUAUCGAUGAGGUAGAACAACUAUUGAAUGUCUUGAGGGAGCAUAAGCAAGCUAUUGGGUGGACAAUAGCGGACAUCCGAGGGAUUCCCGCCGAAAUUUGCAAACACAAGAUACAAUUGGAGAAUGAGAGUAAACCAAGUGUGGAGCAUCAAUGA